CCUACUAGGUUUUUUCCCUCUAAAAUAUGACAUUAGUUUCUAAUUUUGAUCAAUGCAGGAUGGACGGGUGUCACAACUGGAGCAUGUUUUUAUUAGAGGCAGUAAAGUCAGGUUCAUGAUAAUCCCUGAUAUGCUUAAAAAUGCCCCCAUGUUCAAGCGUCUAGAAGCUAGAAUUAAGGGCAAAGGUACAUCACUUGGUGUUGGACGGGGACGUGCUAUUGCAAUGCGAGCUAAAGCUCAGGCUGCAGGUCGUGGAGCAGCAUCUGGUCGGGGUGUUGUGCCCCCUGUAAGAAGAUGAUUGCCCCGUGUUGGAUUUCAUUUGAUCAGGUUUUGAGUUCUUAAAUUCAUUGUAUUGGCAGUAUUAGUGACUUACACUCCUGCUCCGUUGUAAUCUAAGAAGUAAGACACAUUCGAUGUGGAAUUUUAACUCUGUGGUCUAGAUCCUAGAGAGAGCUGGAAAGUUGAGUGAUUUUCAGAUGGCCGGUAUAAUAUGGAUCGGUCCAGUUUCUCAUCGUUCAGUGAUCCAUGAGUGUUUUGUUGUGCCUCUGUUUAGUGCUGGAUUAUGAUCUUUUGUAGUGUUUUAAAACCAAAUAGUCCCUUUUGGAUAGAUGGUAAUAUCUUCCAGUACCUUUCAUGAACCUUGAGGGAAUGUUGAUGAGUGCUCUUCUUUGUGAGGUCUAGAAGUGAAGCCUGCAGACAAUUAUAUUUUAGGACGAAACAGAUAUUAAGGUUGAACCAUUGGUGAAUUACUUCUAGAACUCAUUUUGCAUCAAGAGUUUCUGCUUCUGAUUCGAUUGGAAGUCCAUUUCGUAAAGUGUUCCUAGUUGAGCAACAUACAGUGUCGGCAGGGAAAACUUAUAUCUUGGUUUCCAUUUUCCUCAAACGUGUGCUAGUAAAUGUAAAUUGUGAUUAGUUAAACAAAGAAACAGCAACUUAUAAGCCUGUUGUAUCAAAAAUUGCAGUUCCAAUGCUUUUAA